AACGACGAAAGUGGCGUUGACAAGAGCUUCUGUUCUCGACCUUAGAAAGAGUUUUUCCAGCCACCAUAAGUCGAGAGUUGCAUGCGCUCCCUGAAAUCAGUCAGUUUUCGCAUUUGAUUUCGCGUAACAAGUCGCGGUUAGUGGAUACCAAAUGAAAUAGUUUCAAUAUCAAUUAAAAGGUUUGCCAACAGUUUCUCAAUACAAAGCUACUUUCAAUUUCUAGAAAAAAAGGGAGUUGUUUUUAGUGGAACAGUUUAAUACGGAGGAGUUGUAUUGUGAGUUGAGAUUUUGAGUGGUUUGUUUGAGUGGACUUUGUGUUAAUCAGGUGAAAGGACUUCACCUGGCCGAUCAACAUAUUGUGCAGUAGACGAAAAUCUUAGAAAAAUCUUGAAAAGUGGAUAACAAAAGGCUUGUUUGGAACGAGGAGUACAAUAAUCAACUGUACCUAAGUUCUGGAAGGAUUUACAAGAUGGGCGACCACGGCCCGGAUAUGACCGCUUUGGAAACUGUGGUUCCCGCUGUUCUUGGCUUGACGGCAGCCGCGAUUUUGGCCGUAGCGUGUCUUUGUGCCAAAAGGAUCCGAGCACGAAACAAGAAGGCCAAUCACGAUGCUUCGUUACCAUUCCAACCAACACGACGUCCGACUGCUGUUCGUUCACCCAGUGGAGCACCAUCCCACUAUUUGAAAAAAUCUCCAUCGCCAACAGCCCCAAAGCCACCACCAGGCACAUUACAACCCCCACAGGAACAAUCUCCCUCUCCGCCACACCAAACAAUUAAAUAUUCCGAGGAAAAUGAGAUUAAACCAAAAACAAUUUUAAAUGAGCCGAAAACACCCGAAUUGGAGAGUCCCGAUGGCGGUGGUGAUGAUGCGGAAUAUGGAAAAUUGGGGACAAUUGUUUUUAAAUUGCGCUACUUGACGGAACGCAAUGCUCUUGUUGUUUCAAUUGUUCGUUGUCGAGGAUUGCCAGGGAAAGCAGGACCGUCGGGAACAGGAGAUAUUCCAGUUGGUAUGAAUGGGAAAACACAGACAGCAACAGAUCCCUAUGUUAAGCUACAGUUGCUACCGGAAAAACAACAUAAAGUGAAAACAAGGGUCGUUCGAAAUACACGUAAUCCAGUCUACGAUGAAGAUUUCACUUUCUACGGGCUCAACUUACAGGAACUAAGUUCAAUGUCUUUACAUUUUGUCGUUCUGAGUUUCGAUCGGUAUUCACGUGAUGAUGUUAUUGGAGAAGUUGUAUGCCCGCUAUCUGGAAUCGAUUUGAGUCAAAUUGAAACACAACAGAUUGCUCUGAGCAAGGAGAUACAGCCGAGAAGUCUGAAAAUACGGGCACAGGGACGUGGUGAAUUAUUGAUUUCAUUGUGCUGGCAACCGGCUGCCGCUCGACUAACAGUUGUUCUACUCAAAGCUCGGAAUCUACCACGAAUGGAUGUAACCGGCUUAGCUGACCCAUAUGUGAAAUUGUAUCUAUUGUAUAAUGGACAACGAAUUGCCAAAAAGAAGACACAUGUGAAGAAGAGGACAUUGAGUCCUGUAUUUAAUGAAAGUUUCGCAUUUGAUAUUCCAAUGUCAGAGGGAAAUGGAGCAUCCUUGGAUGGUGUUUCACUGGAAUUAAUGCUGCUGGAUUGGGAUCGAGUAACUAAGAAUGAGGUUAUUGGCCGACUAGAACUCGGAGGGCCCAGAUGUGUAGGUUCAGCGCUCAACCACUGGCAGGAAGUGCACAACUCACCACGACGGCAAAUCGCCGAAUGGCACAAAUUGCACGAGUAGAUCAAGUAGAAAGGAUACGUGUAAAGCCAAAAAAACUUCGGCUUUAUUGGCCAUUUAGUACGUAAAGAACACUGUGAGCGAAUGUUUUUAAGACAAUGUAAGACAAUUUGAUUCAGAAACAAAAAGUGAAAAUCACACACAAUUAAGUACAGGUUUUAAAUAAAAAACGUUAGAAACUAUAACUAAAAGUUAAAAAUUUCAUUUUAACCGAAUCAUUUAUGACAUACUACGCUGAAGUAAUGUAUAUUUAUGAAUAACGUACUUGUAAACAGUUAUUUGACAAACACAUAUGCAAUGAAAUUAUUAUUACUAGCGAAGAAAUUUUUCAUUUCAGAUGUAUAAUACUUCCGAGAGAAAAAAAUUAUUAAAUUCAUGUAAAUUAAAUACAAAAUAUAUAACAUAUUAUAUAAUUCAUAGAAAAACCUUCUAUAUUACUGUAGACUGUCUCUUAGAGUGACGAUAGCUGUUGGGGUUGAGAAAAGUAUAAUUUUGUAUAACACAAACUGAAAUACUCCAAAGAAGAAAGUUGCAAUAGCUCUGGAAGCAUUCUCUAGAAAAUCUAAGGAACACUGACAGAUGCGCGAAGGUCGUUCAAAUUGCUCAAUGUCACGCAUUGAGGAUGCCGUAAUAGCUACACUCGAAAUAUAAUCUCAAAAAGCUUAGAAUCUUUGGGCCUAGAAUUCCACAUAAAUAGGCUUCGUAUCAGUUAAAAUCAGCGCAAAUCAAUUUGGAAAUCAAGCUUUACAUGUCAGUAGGUGAAACUUCAACAGUUUUUUUAAAGCAAAUCAAGUUGAUAUUACAUACAUAUAAUACAAUGUGACUCAUAAUUACAAGCAUCAAAACAUUGCGAGGAAUCCACGGAGAUACCUUGAAUUAUUACACAAACGAUAUCAUGAAUGCAUUACAAACUUUCCGAGAGUACUAUUUCCUGGAAAAUGUACUUUAUUUUGCAGCACAAUCUCGACUUAUCGGUGUAAUGGAGAAAAUAGGCAAAACCUUACGAAACAAACAAAAAUUCACUCAUAAUGAUAACUUAAGCUGACAAUGUAAUAUUAUACUAUUUAAUUUUAAGAAUAAAUAGGAAAGUUGAUUUUAUUUAUUUAUUUCAUUAAUUACUAUUAUAGUGCUGUGUAAGACUCUGAAACGAACGUCAGAAAUAUGUAUCAUGACGAGGAAGCAUAACAUUCAAUGAAGUAAAGAAACUGUACAAAAUACGUAAA